UGCAAAUUAGUUUUUUCAAUGCCCGUCAAUUUUUUUGUUUGUUUAUUUUUUGAAACCGAAGGACACGUGACAACCGUCAAGUGUAAAUGCACCUUUACAAAAAUGCGUAUAUUGACAACUAUGACAAGUUUCACAAUUUGACAUCAAAACAACAUAACCAAAACCUGAGCAAACAUAACCUCUGUAAAUGUAAAAUCAAAGAUAUUAGAAAUAAAAAGUCUUUAUUAAAAUACAUCAUGUUUAAACUGGGACAAAAUUUGUUAUACAAAAAGUGUGCAACUGACUUAAAAAUCACGAGAAGAUUCGUUGGAAAUUUUGAAACAAAUUAUCAUCUAUUUACCAAAUAUUUUGGCUUAAAUCAGAAUAGAGCAAAAGAAUUUAUAGAACGGCAAAAGCUAAGUGAGAAACCAACGGAGACAAUUGUCAAAGUGGUCGAUUUUUGCGAAAAACUUGGUUUUAGUAAAAAAGAAAUUUUAAAAAACCCGUCUAUUCUUAGAGCACAUCCGUCUACAUUAGAUCAAUAUUACAACGUCAUGAUCGAAGGAGGAUUUAAAGUCAUUACUAUUAAAGGCUUAUCAAAGUUUCGCUCCCUUUCUCAAAAAGAUGUUCGUACACUAAAAAUGCAUGGUUUUAUAGACCACAACACAAAUGUUACAAAAAGUUUUAUGGCCCAUUUAAAUCCUCGUGCAGAAAAUCUUGUAAUUAAUCAUGACGAUUCUGUAGAGUUGUGGUGUCAUGUUCAUUUAAAAGUGUUAAGUCAUUAUUUAAAGUGGCGGUUACAAGUAACUGACGAGGAAAUUCUUAGGUUCAUUAAAAUUCACCCCCAAAUCAAACGAAAAAGUUUAAAGUAUGUUUGCGACAAUAUUAAUCAAGCAGAGGAAUUAGGAUUUCCACUUGCAAAGAUAUUAAAAUAUGGAUAUAUAUUACAUACCCAUCCAAAAAAUUUUAAAGAAAUUUUAGAAAAAUUUCCAGUAUUGGCAGGUGUAUCUACUAAGAAAGCAGUAAGGAUGUAUCCAAAACUACUGACGACAACGGCUUCAAGCGUUCAGAAAAUACAUGACACAUUGAAGAAACACAAUAUUCGUGAUGAAGCAAUAGCGAGACGACUGAAUAUAUUCUAUCUUUCUCCAGAGACUGUAGAAUUCCGUUUGAAUGAACUACAAAGAGUGGCUGACUUUAAAGUGCUGUUGUACAAUCCAAAUAUUCUCAAACUUGUUGUACAUCAUAAUCGUGCAAAAUCUCGUUUGACAUUUUUGAAAGAAUUGCAGUUAAAAUGUGCAACAGUAAGUGUCCUUGGAAUUGACAACAUUAAAUUUGAUGAUCAUAUUAGAGAAGGAAGAGAUGAGAAUAGUUUCACUGAUACCUAUUCCUUUUUAAAAGGCAUCUUUAAGAAAGAUAUUGAAGAUUUUGAAUUUACAUUAAAAAAACAUCCUUACUACCUGCAGGUGCCUUUAACUGCAAUGGAAGAUACUUUCCACUACUUAGAGAGUGAAAAGUUUUCAAAUAAUUCUAUCUUUAGCGUAAUAUGCAUUUUACUCUAUCCAAAGGAAAAGAUAAAAAAAUCAUUUAAACAAAUUAGACAAUAUGAAUUACAAACUAAGAAAAAAUUAACUCAAGUAAAUAAAUUGAAUUUAGCUCUAUAUUUUAUUGAAAAAGAACACCACUUCAGUGGGGAUGGUGUCUGGACCAAAAAUGAAGUAGUGGAGGAAAGUGUACAUACUUCUUGAUUGUAAAUUAUGGACCAAGUGUACUGUGAUAACCAGGUAUGUUGUAUUUUAAAUAACGUCCAGGAAGGUAAUGAAAACAAUAUUUUACAACAGCAAUGUAUUCAGAUAAAUAAAUAAGUUUAAUGUAAGAAAUACAAAAAUAUUAAAGUAUAAUUUUAUAA